CGCGUGCUGUACGAAAACGACGCGGUGGUGAUCGUGAAUAAACCGCCGGGGGUGUCGUUUCACAGCGAAUUCGAACCUGGGGCGCUGGCGCGGCUGCGCGCGAGUCGCGACGCGCGCGAAGAGCGCCUUCGCGCCGUGCACAGGUUGGACAAGGGCACGAGCGGGACGCUAGUGUUCGCGAAGACGGCGGACGCGGCGAAGAAACUGAGCGAUGGGUUCGCGACGCGGGCGAUCGUCAAGUAUUACGUCGGGAUUUCGGGGAAAAAGCCGAAGAAGAAGAUGGGGACGGUGACGGGGGACAUGGCGCGAGCGCGGCGAAAGGCGUACAAACUGACGAACACGAAAGAUAAUCCGGCGGUGACGAAAUUCGUGAGCUUCGGAGCGAAAGGGCGACGAAUGUUCAUAUUUCGACCGCUGACUGGGAAGACGCAUCAGUUGCGAGUGUGCGCGAAAUCGCUCGGCGCGCCGCUGUUGGGCGACGACGUGUAUUCGGGGGCCGUCGCGGAACGAUGCUACUUGCACGCGUGCGCGAUA